CUGUUAAUUCCUCAAAAAUGCUGCCCCUGUUCCCCGUUUUAUAAAUUGCCAAGUUUUACGAUUCUUAUCCCCGUGUAACUUAUAACGCGUUGGUGCUAAGCUUCCUCUCUUUUGCGCUUCUUCUCUGUCGCAAAUUCUCUGAGAAGCUCUUGAAAGGGGCGCCAAUAGUGGUUUGGAGAAAUGGGGCUGACAUUUACUAAGCUCUUCAGCCGGCUUUUUGCCAAGAAAGAGAUGCGUAUUCUGAUGGUGGGUCUUGAUGCUGCUGGUAAGACAACCAUAUUGUACAAGCUAAAGCUUGGUGAGAUCGUCACCACUAUCCCAACUAUUGGGUUCAAUGUGGAAACGGUGGAAUACAAAAACAUCAGUUUCACUGUGUGGGAUGUUGGCGGUCAGGACAAGAUCCGUCCCUUGUGGAGGCACUACUUCCAAAACACACAGGGUCUCAUUUUUGUCGUAGACAGCAAUGACAGAGACCGAGUUGUUGAGGCUAGGGAUGAAUUGCACAGGAUGUUGAAUGAGGAUGAGCUGCGAGAUGCAGUUUUGCUCGUAUUUGCCAACAAACAGGAUCUUCCUAAUGCAAUGAAUGCUGCUGAGAUCACUGAUAAGCUUGGUCUCCACUCCCUCCGUCAGCGUCACUGGUACAUCCAGAGCACUUGUGCAACCUCUGGGGAGGGGCUUUACGAGGGUUUGGAUUGGCUCUCCAAUAACAUUGCUAACAAGGCGUAAAUCUAUUGGAGAGAGAAUUCUGGAUGGCAAUUCUGGAUGCAGGGGUGAAUAUUAUCUAGUGUUUUCUCUCUCUUACAUUUUUUUAUCUCGUUUCUCAUUUUGACACGGUUGGAUUUUGUUAUGUGCUAUUUUUUCGAUCCUUUAUUUAGAAGAUGGAUUUAAUGUGUUUUUGUGCUUAUAUUUGGUUUUUGAAUGCGAAAUUGCUAGCUUAAUCAACACCUUUGGUGCGUCAAUCCUUCUUGGACUGAUGGAUUUUCUGUGUUUUUUGGCAUUGAACAAGUUUUUACACCUUUGGUAUUUACUGGGAAACAUUCUGUGUUGA